CAAUUGAAAGAGUUAGAAAUCUGUCAGUUUUAAUCUCCAAAAGAUGCAGAACGAAGAGGGUCAAGUCACUGAGCUUUACAUUCCAAGGAAAUGCUCGGCUACUAACAGGUUGAUCACAUCAAAGGAUCAUGCUUCUGUGCAGCUCAACAUUGGUCAUCUCGAUGCUGAUGGGGUGUACACUGGUCAAUUCACUACCUUUGCUCUCUGCGGUUUUGUCCGUGCUCAGGGUGAUGCUGACAGUGGAGUCGACAGGCUAUGGCAGAAGAAGAAGGUUGAAGCCAAACAACAGUAAGACCCACAAGCUUUGUUUUCUAGUUUCUAGGUUUCUUUUUGAAAUCUAGAUGUGAACCUGUAUCUGGUUUUCUAAUUUCUUGUUGCUGCAAAGAUAUUUUUGGUUUGAAAGAUAAUGGAAUGAGAUGUUUGGUUCUUG